GCGGUCAUGAGAAGAUAGACUCACUAACCAGGCGAGCGCCCAACAACUACUUCCCAUGGCCUCGUCCUCUGACCUCCGGGGCUUGUGCCCGCCUCCCUUUUUCGCCGAAAGUUCCUUUCCAGGGACAGGUGGAUUCGUCUCCGGGCGCUUUUGUAUGCCUAUAACCGGCAAUUACACAUGUUGUCUACCCUGUCCGACCACUGACUGGACUUAUGGAGAUGGAUUUGAGAGUCGAACCGAGAUCGCAAAUUGGGUCAAUGUAGCAGCAUUUGUUUUAUCGAUAUAUCUUAUGCUCUCAUUCCUGGUUCUUCCUGUGAAAUUCACACAUCGACAUUAUCUUAGUGUCUGCUUGUCACUUGCAGUCAUCUUCAUCGAGCUAGCGUUCAUUAUUCCACUGGCAGGAAAACCUGAUCAAUGCUUCAAUGAGAUCACACCCAACGAUAUGCACACUAGCGGCGUCUGCGCAAUCAGCGGCGCCUUCCUGAUGUUCGGCGGCUGGGCUGUCAUCAUCUGGGUCUUCUGCCGUGCACUUGCGCUUCAUCUUCAAAUCUGCUGGGAACUGGUACCUGGCGACAAAUUCUUCUACGGGGCUCUCGCGUUUGGCUGGCUGAUCCCUCUAAUCGGUAUGGCCCUGACGUUGGGCUUGACCGGAGUCUCCUUCCGGUUUGGGAUCGUUUGCCAUGUCAACCACAAGGAUUCUUUGCAGGACUUUUGGGGGCCGUUACUAGCUUUUGCUGCGCUGGCCAUGGUACUUCAAUUCAUCACCAUUGGGUACUGCGUACAUGUCUACAUCCGAAGUCUCCUCGAUGACAAGACGACGACCACCAACAGCUCACAAGCUCCUACAUAUUCGGGCAGUAUCAAGACACUAUCCGCGCGACGGGCUUUUCGCCGAGUCAAGCGGGUCAUUGAACUUCAAUGGCGCGGCGCGUUCCUGGUUAUUGUCAUCAUUGCCGAGGUCGUUUUCUUCUCCGUGGUCUUUGUGUCAAUGGACAACAGCACUCAAGUCAACGAAGCACUGAUUAAAAGAGCCCAGCCAUGGCUCACCUGUUUAAUCGCCAGUCAGGGCGACAAGAACCAGUGUCUAUCUAAAGCGGGAGAAUUGGUGCAGUCUGAGGGUGUAGUUAUGGCUGUGCUCAUUAUCCUCGGGUUGAGCGGCUUCUGGUGCCUGAUGUUCCUGGGCCGAUGGUCCAUGCUUCAAGGCUGGGUCGAACUUUUCAAGUCGCAGUUUAAACGCAAGAACGAAUUCGUCUCGGCUGAUGCCAGACGGUUUUCGAACGACGCUCAUCGAGUUCUAAGCCCUACCUCGCGCGGAGGAAUCAUGUCCCCAGAGCCUGAUUCGAAGCAAGAUUACGCAGGAGGCGCACGAACUUAUGUCAACCCGGUGACGAGUUACUCCUAUCCACGACCGCCUAGUCAACACAAGGACUGGGACCCUAGAGCAACACAUGCCAGGCCCGAUGUCGCAUAUGAUAUGCAGACAUUCAAAGGGUGAACAUUGCCCACACUGGGCCACAACACACGACCUUUCCUUUGAACCACCACCCGUGUACCUAUAUCCUUUUCGGCAGCCACCAAGGGUUGAAUUUUCUCAAUGACUUGGUAACAAACAGCAGACCUGCACGCUACCCACGGAGAAUGGUUCGAAGCAGACAUUCUUUUAUCCCCAUUUAUAUCUCAUAUUAACAUCGAGCGGCAUCAUUCAUGAUUUGAUUGUACAGAGCCAGUGGAGUCUAGGACUGAGACGGCCCUUUUUUGGGGGGCAGGGACUUGUCAAUAGAACAAGAGCAAACGUAUCGGUUCGCGCCGAAAAGAGGGACCAAGGUACAAAAGCAAGCAUUUCGGGGAAGAAAAAUGACCGACAGUAUUCUCGAUCAUUGUCAUUCUACAAGAGAGAGAAUGAGACGCAAUGUACAAAGAAAAAGGAAAGCGAAAACGAAGUGUAGGAAGAGACGGAUAUACCCUUUGCAGAUCUUGCAGAUUUCAUGUCUUUGGAUGAGAGAGCGAAGGAGCCAGCACCUGACAUUUUUUUGGAUGAUUAUUGUUUUUGGAAGACUACUCGUUUUGUAUAGGACGAGACUGGACAAGUGGUGAUGGUGGUGGUGGAUGGGUUGAUGGAUGCAUCGCAGGUGGGUUUUUUGUGGUCAGCACAUCUUUUGAUGCUGCUAUAUACCUAUGUACUCGUAUCUCGUCAUUUGUCUUGUAGUACUUUGAGCGGAUAGAAAUGUUGUUGGAGAGGGAGA